ACGAGACAAGAAUAGUCCGGCUGCCCUGCAGGGCGAUACUUAUAGGGGUGCAAGGUCCCACGUGUGUCGCGAGGUAUUGUGGAGGGGGAAGCGAAGCUCGCCUGGCCUGCACGGGGAAAGGGAAUCCGCUUGCGGGGCCCAUAAAACGGUCCCGUUCACCCGGUGAGAGCAUCACUUCGCUGUUCGCAGUCGACUACAGCACUUCUACUCUUCCGUAAGCCAAGAUGACUGGACGUGGAAAGGGAGGAAAAGGUCUGGGAAAGGGAGGAGCCAAGCGGCAUCGCAAGGUCUUGCGAGACAACAUCCAGGGCAUCACCAAGCCCGCCAUCCGCCGUCUGGCCAGACGUGGUGGAGUCAAGCGUAUCUCCGGUCUGAUCUACGAGGAGACUCGCGGCGUCCUCAAGGUCUUCCUUGAGAACGUCAUCCGCGACGCCGUGACCUACACCGAGCACGCCAAGAGGAAGACCGUCACCGCCAUGGACGUUGUCUACGCUCUCAAGAGACAAGGCCGCACCCUUUACGGAUUCGGCGGUUAAAUUCACCCUUCACCCUUUCAUUGACGAUUUUAAAACAAUCGGCCCUUUUCAGGGCCACCAAAUAUUUAAACGUUGGAAUUUCUAUUCACUUAAUUAUCAACUUAAACAUCUCAUAGCACAUAAAUUAGUAUAUCUUGUAUCAAGGGCGCAAAGUGAACUUUUUUAGACCGAGUGUAUAGAGUUUGCAGUACGAAUCAAGGCGAAUGAGCCCGACGAUGGCGAGGGUGUAUACGUGCACAGACUGUAUACCGAGACCACACGAGGUCAAAAAAUCUACUCAGCUCUCAUCGGUGCACACCAAAUUUUAUGUUAUGCGCGGGCGUAUUUUCGAGGUUUUUUUUACUUAUUAAGCGGACCUGCCGUAACUAUUUUUUGUUUCGGAGAUUAAUAUAGGUCCAAGGUUAUGAAUAAAUGAUUUGCAACCAA